AUGAAGUCCAACACCCUCUUCGUCGCCAUCCUCCCCGCCCUUAUCCACGGUCUCGUCAUCCAAGAGCGUGCCGAGGGUGAAAACGUCCAAACCUUCACUGGCAGCCUGGGAGGCACCGCUCCUCCAGUCAUCAAGGGCACGGGCAAUCGCCCCUUCUCUAUAGAUGGCGACACGUUCGUCAACAGCGGAGCCGCCCUGCAACGGUCCUGUGACAGGCAGAAGAACGCUUGCGCACAGCAGGUCAACAGCAAGAAGAUCCAAGGCAGUGUUGCCGACUGCGACAAGCAGCAGAAGGAGUGCGUGGCCGCGACCAAGGGGGCCCAGGGGGCACCGGCCAACAACAAUGCCAAUGGGGGAGAUAAGAAGGCUGGUGCUGAUGGCAAUGGGGCUGGUGCCAAUGCAGGCAAUGGGGCGAAUGCCAAUGCAGGCAAUGGGGCGAAUGCCAGUUCAGGCAAUGCGGCGAAUGCCAACUCGGGCAACGCAGCGGAUGCCAAUUCAGGCAAGGCAGCCGACGCCAAUGCAGGUGGUGCCAAACAGGGUGGUGCCAAACAGGGUGGUGCCGACGGCAAGGGAGCUGCUACGGGGGCGGGAGCGGCUGCCGACAAGAAGGGUGCUGAUGCCAAUCAGGGCAAGGACAACAAUUCCCAAGGUGGUGAUGCUCAAAAGCAGAACGGCGCGGGCCAGAAUGGUCAGGCCAACACAGCCACUAGGCGUUAG